AUGGCACUCACUCCGCCUCUUCCGCGAACAAUGUCGACCUCGUACAUACAGCCCGCCUCGACGCCCGCCAUCAUCGUCAACGGCAAACCAUGGACGGUUGGCUCUCACUAUGGCCCCAUCUCCUGGAAAUCAGAAAACAUACAUGUAAAAUCCAUGGGUCUGAGUUCGACGGGCAAAGGCAUCCUGAUUGGCAUGCUCUCUGCCUUUGGCUCGGCCGCCUUUGUCGCUAUCAUCCUGGCUUUCAUCUACUUCUUCCGAUACACUAAUCGUGGUCGUAUCUUCCUCGACAGCAUUGGCAGACCUGGAGAGUAUGAUGAUGAGCAAGCUUUCUUGCGUGAGGAGGAGGAUGCUUUGGAGACCAUGGACGACCUGCAGCGUGCCGAGUAUCUGCGCGCUAAGGCCUUCGUCACAGCUAAUCCUCCUGAGUCGAUCCAAACCGACAUUUCCUUGUCGCAGUUCCUUGCAAUUCAAGAGAAGGGUGUACAAGCUUGGGAGUUUGAGCCGGAACUGGAAAUCGCAAACUGCUUUGUCGAAGGUCGCACUGAGAUCGAGUUCUUCGAUGCUGAGUGCAGUGUCCAGAGCAACCUGCCUGUGCCCAAACAGAACGAGGUUUACUACUGGGAAGCGAAGGUCUUCGACAAACCUGAAAACACCCUGAUCAGCAUCGGCAUGACCACAAAACCAUACCCUCUGUUCCGACUUCCUGGUAUGCACAAGCACUCCGUAGCUUAUACCUCGUCAGGCCAACGCAGAUACAACCAGCCUUUCUCUGGCACAAAUUAUGCACCAUCAUACGAGCAGGGAGAUGUCGUUGGAGUAGGCUACAGACCUCGCACCGGAACCGUCUUUUUCACCCGCAACGGAAAGAAACUAGAGGAUGUUUCUCAUGGCCUUAAAUCACAGAAUCUGUUCCCCACCGUCGGAGCCACCGGCCCUUGCAACAUUCAAGUCAACUUUGGCCAGAUGGGCUUUGUCUUUAUUGAAGCCAAUGUCAAGAAGUGGGGUCUCGCUCCCAUGACUGGCAGCCUUGCACCGCCACCACCAUAUGGAAGCGAACAAGGUAGCAUUUUCCUCGAAGGUGGCAGGGAAGGUGUUCGUGAAGGCCAGGCAUUUAUUCAUGGUCGCACACAUAGCGCUUCCGUCCGUCUAGGAAGGCAAGCAACCAGUCCCGGCCCUCGACGAUCACCCACCGAGAUUUCUCUGGCUCAACUCAGCCUGAAUGAAUCACGGGAAGACAUAGGUGAAGGCACGAGCUACACGGCAGCUGGUCACGUGGCCGAGGAUGCUGAUACGAUGCCACCGCAAUCGGACGCUCCACCACCGGAAUACGAAAGCCCAGAUGAGGAGAACCAGUUCUCAACACCACGGCCGAGCAUGCACUCUGAGCAAUCACGCCUACUACCCCAAGAUCCACCAAUUCCUUCUUACGAAGCAGCGGUUGGGGAGCGGACAAGUGAGUCUCAUGACGUUGACAACUAG